AUUUUUAGUGUUUAUGAUAACAAAAUAUAUAUUUAAAAAUUGUUUCCUUUGUUUAGUGAUCUUGUCAAAUUGAUGUCAAAAUAUUGUUAAAUUCACAUCAAAAAUAAUUAUUGACGAAUAUGGCAAAUAAGGAAGUUUUUCCUUCCACGGAAUUAAAUUUAAAUCGUUAUUUAUAUUUAAUGUCAGAAGAUGCACGUUAUGUGGCUGGUGAUCCACAUGUUCACAAAUACUUUGAAAAAACUCGUUUAAAAUCAAUUGACGUGUUUAUUGAAAAGGGUAAAGAAUUAGAUAUCGUUCCAUUAAUUGAAGCAGCUGCAUCUAGUCCAACAUUACCACGUAAAGAUGCUGUUAUUUUUGCGUUAGCUGUUUGUGCUCGAAGUGGUAAAGUUAAAUUGCAAACUGUGGCGUAUUCCAGCUUAAAACAGAUAUGUGUAACAGCACAUGAAUUAUUUUUGUUUAUCAAAUUUUAUGUACAUUUAUCUGAGCACAAAGGUUUUGGAAUGGGUUUUCGUAAAUCUGUGAAUAAGUGGUAUUUGUCGUUAGAUGCGAUGAAUUUAGCCGAAAUUGUGACUGAGAUUCGUGGCAGUUCUGGAUGGACUCAUAAAGAUUUGUUAAAAAUGACACGUCCUAAAACAGACGACAAAGCGAAAGAAGCUGUUUUCACGUAUAUAAUACGUGGCUUAAAAGGAGCUGAAGAAAAAUUUAACAAUGUUGCUGAAGCACAAGCUGUUUUAAAUCAUUUUCGUCUGAUUGAAAACUUUAAACAUUGUGACGAUGCUGAAAAAUUAGCACAAAUGAUUGAAGCAAAUAAUUUAAAAUUGGAACAUGUUCCAGGUCACUACAGAAAAAGUCGUGAAGUUUGGCACGCCUUAAUACCACGCUUACCGUACAAAGUUUUUCUGAAAUACUUACCGCGAAUUCAUACUUAUGGUAUAUUAAAAUAUAAUACACCAUUGUUUACCCAAGUGAUGGCUUAUUUGAACUCACCAGAACGUGUUAAAGGAUCGGGUAUACAUCCAAUCGAACUUUUGAUUGCCUUGAAAGAAUAUGAACAUUGUGGAAAAUGUCCAGAUUUCAAGAAAUUGGAAUAUUAUAAAGAACGCGCUGCUAAAAAUAAUGUUUUAGCUGGUGCUGGAGAUGCACCCGAAUUAAAACCUGCAUAUGUACCUCACCAAGCGAUAAUUACUGCAUUGAAUAAAAAUUUAUAUUUAUCAUUUCAAAAUCCUGCUAAAACUGAUGUACGUUAUAUGGUGACAAUUGAUACUCGACCCCACAUGGAUGAGAAAUGUUUUAAAUGUGGACAUGUUACUGCGUAUGAAGCAGCCGUUAUCACACUAUUGUAUUUGUUAAAAUCACAAAAAGAUGUUGUUUGCGGUGUGUUCAACGAUAAAGGUGUUUUUAUUGUUAAUUUGGAUAAAAAUAUAAGCUUCAAAGAUGCUGAAACACGAUUACGAAAUGUUCAAAAUGGGCAUACAUUAUUCCAAAAACCCAUUGAUUGGGCUGAAAAAAAGAAAAAACAAAUUGAUGUUUUCAUAAACAUUAUACAUUCACCAAAAGUGUACUUCCAAAUGCCAAAGGCAAUGCGAACACCACCAGUUAACAUGCGAAAUUGUCUUGGUCAAUAUCGUAAAAAAGUUAACAACAAAGCUAAGUUAAUUAAAAUUUUGGAUGAAUACAAAAUGCAGAUACAAAAUAAAUUCGAUGCUAAGCAAGUGAAAAGUAUACUUGAACGGGAAAAUGAAUUUAUCUCAAAUCUUUUUGAUAUUUUACCAGUUCCUGUGUCAGCGAUUCAAAGAGAUUUUGAUGAAGAUGCGUUAGUAACCGUAUCGGAUAAAAAAGGGAAUAAAAUUGGUACAGUCGCAAAUCCAAAAACACGAGUAAAAUCAUUGGAAGAAUUACAAAAUCGGCUUUUAGAAUUAAAGAAAAAUAAACGACUUAAUUACAAAGAGAAAUUAUUGAAAAAAGGUUUAAAAAAUCGUAUUAAGAAAAGAGUGAAUAAAUUAAACAAAAAACCAGGAAAGGGUCAACAAAAAUCAGAAAAUGGCGGUUCUUCAGAUAUUCAAGUAAAAUCUGAAGAUGAAAAGGAUACUAAAAUGAACAAACCAAUAUUUAACAGUCAAGGAAAAAUGGUCUUUUCCAAAUUUGAUUUUGGUAAAGCAGAAAACAAAGUAAAAACAAAAGUUAAAAAUGAUCCACAAAAAAUCCUUAAAGAUAUUGAAGCGAAAUCAGCAAAAUUAAAAGAACUAGCGAAUAGCGGUGAAAAGGACAAAGCUGAAGAAUUAAAAAAGAAAACGUUAUGGAAUACUGCGUUAUCGAAAGCCGAUGGUCAGAAAGUAAAAGAUGAUCCAGAACUUUUGAAGAAGACAAUUAAACGUCGGGAACAACAAGUGAAUAAAAGUAAAAAGAAAUGGGAAUCACGGCAAGAAAGUGUACAGAAAGCGAUGGAAGAACGACAAAAGAAACGUUCAGAAAAUAUUAAUAAACGUAAAAAAGAUAAGAAAAUGAUAAAAUUAAAGAAAGCUUCGAAGAAAGGUAAGAUUAUACCUGGUUUUUAA